AUGGUCGAGCAAAAACCCGCGGCGGACACGAAGGCUACCCCGUACAAAUGGAUCGCGACCAGAAUUGAAUCCUUAGAUCCUUACAAAGACUACGAAGAAAUCGUCCGGCUAUCCAGCUGUUAUUACUCUAACGACUUUAUCAACAAUUUGAUGUACGGCGUCAUCUUACCUACACUGCUCAAGCCAGAGUGGGCAGCAAGAGCCAUUUGGCGCGAGGAUGGAGGCAAGAUGCUGCACAGGGCCAAUAUUCGAGUCGAGGAUACCGAACAUUACAAUAUGACAUGGCUAUACUAUGGUCCAAGCGACAAGAAAUGUCAAGACGCCAUUGAGUUCGUGAACAACUACCAUGCCCGCUUGGAGAAAGUCACACCAAACUGCUACGGCCACAACGAUGAUUACGUUUAUACCUUGGCGUCUGCUGCUCUCACAGGUGACAGGUUUGCAAAGCGUCUAGGUCUGCCCCGAUACACCAGGAAUCAGAGGAUCGCGCACUACAUAUUCUACCGAGAAAUGUCAAAGCAGUUUGUCUCACAUCACCCAGGAGGUGAACGGAGGCCUUUGACUGGCUUUCCGGAAAGUUGGGAGCACGCUGAAAAGUGGUGCGAAGAGCAUGAAAAGAAGCCAGUGCCCAAGGAUCCCCGGAGUGAGUUGAUCGCAGAAUCUGCAUUUGAGCAGUUCGGUACUAGGUGGUUUCCAAGGGGAUUGCAAUGGAUGGGACGAUCAAUUCAGGUGUCCUUAAUACAGCCGGAUGACCUGAAGGCAAUCGGAGUACAAGACGUCUAUCCUUGGACAAGGGCUUUCGUCAUCUUCUUCAUGGGUUGGAUGCUCUGGUUACUGGCUUUCGCACCUGAUCCUUCGCCUAAUGAUAGCAUUAUUGAGAAGCAUGAAAGGGUGCCGAAGGAGGAGAAGAAGGCCCGUCUGAAAGAGUUAAAUCAGGCUGAUAAGAUGUUCUGUCCGUACUUUGCGGCAAAGUACAAGGAUGUGCGGCCUGACUGUCCGCAUUUUUCCAAGCUGGCUGAACAGGUGUGA